CUGGUGGCCUCCAUCGUGUUUAUCAGCUUUGGUGUGGUAGCAGCAUUCUGUUGUGCGAUAGUUGACGGAGUGUUCGCAGCACGUCACAUAGAACCCAGACCUUUGUAUAACAAGAGGUGCCAGUAUUAUUCGAGUGGAAUCGGAUUCCUAUACGAUGCCUACCAGACAGAGGUGACAUGUCAUACCUUAAACAGCAAGUGCCAGCUGAAAAUAAAGAGUAACACGUGUUAUUGCUGUGAUCUGUACAACUGUGAGAAUUCAGAGCAGUCCUCCAGCUACUAUGAAUUCCUCGGUGUGAGCAGCUGCCAGGAUGUAGUUCACCUGUACAGACUGCUGUGGUCCUCCACAGUCCUCAACAUCAUCGGCCUCUUCCUGGGGAUUAUUACAGCAGCCAUUCUUGGGGCAUUUAAAGACAUGGUACCUCUGUCCCCAGUGGCCUUCAGUGCUGCACCUCCUCCUCAGAUCCUGUACAACCCUGCCCAGCAGAUCCUGACCUAUGCUGGCUUCUGCCCUUCUGCAGCUAUUUCCACAUAUCCAUCCUACCCAUUGCCUCUUCAGCCUGCCAGCAAUUUCCCAGGAACAUCAUCUACUGACAUUUCUUUGUCAGAAGAAACUCAGCCUCCAUCUCAGUCCAGCUCCAGCUAUGGUCUUCCCCCGAACGCUCCAGCCCUCUAUACACCAACUUACUGCUUGCCUGGAGAAAAGCCUCCACCAUAUGCACCAUAG